CAAGGUUUUGUCUGGCCAAGUGCCCCUUUGGAGAGCCGAUGGCAGAUUGCCUGCCUUGAGAUGGGGGAUGGAGGUGAUGCCGCGGCCGAGGGCGAUUGCAUGAAAGAAGUGGUGUACUCCUUGCUGAGUGCCAAGGCUACAGCCUCUUCCCAGAUGCAAGUGGCGAUCAACUCUUCGCUGAUUCAGAUGGCCAAGACGAACUUUCCGUUUGUGACGGCCGCUAUCUUUUCAGCAGUUGAGAAUCAGAAGGCAUCUGAACAGCAUAAGCUGCAGCUGCUGCGAUUGCUGUGCCAAAUCCUGGAACUGCAGCGCAGCGAAGCGGUGUCCAGUGAGGGCGUACCUCGAGUAUUGGCCAAGAACAUGACCAGGUUCCUCCUGUCCGAGGCCCGGCCCGGCUGGGAGCUGCUGGUGGAGCUCGCGCCCAUGCACCCGGACCUGGUUUUGGGUGAGCUGCUGGCUAACCUCAGCGGGGAGACGCUUCCGCAGCUGGAAAUCCUCGGGGAGGUGGCCGCAGCCGCCCCGCACAGCCUCCGCGAAAAGCUGGAUGAGGUGCUGGCGCGGUGCUUCUCCUUGCUCCAGAACUGUCGGGCCAUGGACCAGCGGAUGCUGUUGCUCCGCGUGUGGUGCUCGUUGUGCAUUGCAAUGGUGAAUUGCCUGGCCCGGCAUUCCUCGAACCCCUUGGAUGCAGGCAUUCCGGGCUUCUCCCGGCAGUUUGCGGCUGCCGCAGCGCCGCUGCGCGCUGCCAAAGAAAAGGGGGACACGACGGGGCGGAAGCCCACGCAAGUGGUGAGCGCCGUCUUCACGCUGCUGAUGAGUGCUUGGAGCACCUGGAAGGACAUGGCGCUGAGAGUGGCCGCAGUGGACGCGCUGGGCCACUUCAGCUUGGUGAUUCCCAAGGACCAGUUCCUCACCAACGCUGAUGCCUUGCUGGAUCACAUCAUCUCCUUGCUGUCCCGGCAGGCGUCUUUGACAUCACCAUCAAGCCCCAUGCCUCCUUUGGCGCUGAUGCGGGGGACUUGUUUGGCCUUGCAGGCAAUCGUGGAUGCGGAGCGGGAGCUCUUGACCGUUGAGAACACGCUGCAGACGCUGCUGGGCUGCCUCUUCGCCUCGGUGGUGUCCGGAGGGCCGCUGCAGGGCCUGCAGCAGGGCCUCAACCCGGAGGCGCUGCAGAGCCAGGUGGAGCUCCUUUGCUGCCUCGACGUCUUGGCGGAAACCUUCGGUCGCGAGAGCUUGGCCUUUCUCCUCCAGAAGGCCAAGGGCAACCGCGAGGAGCGCCUGGCAGCGCUGCUGGUGCUGCGGCAGCUGGCAGGCCGACCUGCCUUGACCAGCGGAAUCGUGGAGGGGGUGCAACAGUUGCUGUCAGACAGCGACCCAGCUGUCGGCCUCAUGCUGGGUGAGCUUUUGGUGGCCAUGGCGCCGGCGCUCGAGGCGAAUGCACGGCCGGAGCAUGCCGGCAAUCUGGUCGGCUUCGUGAUCCGCCUCACAGCAAGGUCGCAGGCCAGCGAGGCCAGUGACUCCGGCUACAUGCCGAAGUUUGUGUCCAAGGGCUAUGCCCACGACGGGCCCAGUGCAGAGGAGGUACGUACCAGGGCCGGUUCGGUGCUGGGACAGCUGGCCACUCUAAGGCCGCUGGCAAGUGUUUUGUGGCCACUUCUACUGAAAGCGGCCCUGAACCCCGCCAUGCUCCCCGGGCUGCCGGCGUUGUGCAGAACGAUGACACAGAUGGCACAGCUGGAAAAGGAUGCUGAGGAAUGCGAGCAAGGAGUUGGCAAAGCACUGGCCACCUUUGGGCAAACGGAGAGUUUGCUGCUUUGGCUGCUGAUAUGUGCGCACUCACCCACUGAGCCACCUGGGCUGGGUCUCAGCGUGCUGCGGUGCCUGGAAUCACUGGCGGCCUGCCUUCAUCCGGUGCUUGGCCAGAUCUGGGAGGCUCCGUCCAAGCGCUUGCAGACGCUCUGUGGACACUUGGAGGAGGCACUGUCCUCAUCUGGCUCGCUGGACGGAAAUCUUUGGGUUGCAGCUUUGGCGCAAGAGUUGCACUUCUUCCUCUCAGCCUUACCGCAUCACGAUGACACGGCGGCCAGAUUCACUGACCUCCUUUGCAGCCUGCUGGAGAAGGCCAAGAAGGACUCCCGGGACAGUCCCAUGGCACGACCCUGGGACGUUGCUGGAGGGCCGAGCGAGCUCAGCGACGCUCAUCGCGCCGGGAUUUUCAACCUGACAGGCGUUUGCCUAGCACAUCUUGGAAACGCGCAGAAAGCCAGCGCAACCCUGGAAAUGCUGCUAGCAGCGGCGCCAGACCUGGGCCGUGCCCGCCGUGCGUUUGCGCGUGGCUUGGGCAUCGCCUCGUCCCGGCACCUGGACUUGACCCUGGAAGCCAUUGCCAAGGCCAAGACGGAGACGGCGGCCAAAGGCCGCGGCACCUCGCUGCAGAGCCUCUUCGGCAAAAGCGCCCAGGCGCUGGUGGCUGAGCAGUUAAGGGCCACGCUGCUCUUGUCCCUGGGAUUUUGCGCGAUCAACUCAGCGGGCCCUAUGCUUCUGCAGGAGAAGGCCUUCGAGCGCAUCCUGAAGCCACUGCACCAGGCUCUGGCGCAGGAGAAGACGCCGGAGAUCUUGCGCAGCGCGGUGGAUGCGGCGAAAUUGGUGGGGGAUGCCCUGCGAUGCCCCAAGGAGCAGCGUACAGAGUGCGACCCCUUUCUUGCCGCAGACCUGGCGGAGGUUUUGCCCGAGCAGUCGCCGAUCGCGGUUCUCAGCGAAGACAGCCCUACCCGGGAGGCUCUGGCGAAGCAUCGCAAUGAGCUACUGGAGGCCUUGCUGCCGCUGGUCGACCCACACGAUCAGGAGGAUGACAAGUUGGCGUUGCAGGAGAUGCUGUGCCCUGUGCUGGAUGCGAUCAGCUCCCUGGCUGCGCUGCCGCUUGCGCUGCCCUCACCCCUCUUCACCGCGCUGCUGGAGCGGGCCCUGCAGGUGCUGUUCCUGUCCGGUCCGCAGGCAAAAGAAAGCACAGAGGCAGCUCGGGUGAGGGCUGUGACCAGCGUGCUGAAGGCGCUGCUCUUCCAGGCCGCCCGAAGAUGGCUGGGCGUGUCCAAGCUGCUGCAGGCGGUGCAUUUGACGGGAGCAAGUCACGCGGAGCCCAGACGAUGGACUUGCGUGCAGAUCAUCGGCGACUUGUGCCGAGUCGCCCCCAUCGUGACGAUACCGACGGAAGAUGAAGGCGAGAGCGACCUGGGCGACUGGUCCGAGUGCCUGGCACUGGUGCUGCCACGCAUGGGGGACAGUUCCAAGGCGGUGGCCUCGGCCGGGGUGGACGCUGUCCAGCAGCUGCUGGCGCGGUGCCAGUACACCACGCACCUGCGCCUGGGUACUACGGAGGAGUACCUGACAUUGCCUCAGGACACGGCGGCGUUGCUAGACGACGGGGUUGCACCAGGCCUCAUCACUGAGAGGGAGGAGCUGCGGGGCGAUCCGGCCCCCCCCUCCCAGCAGCUGGUGGGGGCUCUGCUCACGCGCCUCCCGGAGCACGCCAUGCCGGCCAUGGUGCAAUACUUGAUGCCUUCCAUGCAUGACGUCGACAGUCAUGCGGCCAUGACGGGCGUGGACGCCAUGCAUUUGCUGCUGCAGUCCUGCUGCGAGCAGCUGAGUGCGGAGGCGGCCAGCAACCUGGUGAGCACCAUCUUUGAGGAGGUGGAGCGAGUUCGGCACAGCUCAGUUCGACAGCUGGUCCUCUCCUGCAUCAAGGUUUUGGCCCUCCAUCACUUUGACGCUGUGAUCGAGGAGCUGCUCGAAAUGGGUCCUGACUUUAAGAUGUCCAUCAUGGGAGCGCUGCAGGUCAUGGCCAAGGAGAGCUCAUUGCUGCUGAAGCUAUUGAAUCAUCUCACAGCUGCUUGGAACCACCCUUCUUCGGCAGAGGCACGGCAGGUGCUGUCAGCCACUGUGGCCGUGGGUCACCUCUUCACGGUGAACGACUCCUCCAUCGGCGCCGCUGUGAAGAAGUACUUCUCGCAGCUCUUCGGCACCUUCUUGCUGCGCAUCGGCACCACCAGCGAGGGCCUGCACGCCCAGCAAGCCGCUGGCGCCUUCAUGAAUUUCCUGCACGCCUCCCAGAACGACUCCAUGGCAAUGGCGCUGGAGGGCAAUCGCUUGGCCAAGGUCACCAGGGAGUUUUACGACGAAGUGAUUUGUGAGCUGGCAUCGCUUUUCUGCCGCCACCAGCCCAGGCGCCGGGAGACGUUGCUGCAAUUCCUGCAGCCUUUUCUGGCCGCCAAGUUGCCUGGGCACCGCGUGGCAGCCAUGAGCACCAUGUCUCAGCUGCUGAGCUGCAUGGACAGCCCUAUGGAGAGGGAUGACCUGCUGGCCAUUCUCAGCAGUGUGGUGGCUGCGAUUGACGACGCUGACGCAACCGUCAGAAAGCAAGCAGGGCGUGGGCUGGGGAACGUCGCGGCACUGUGGCAGAACUGGGAGGAUGCUUCUCAGAUCAUGGCUGACGACAUCGUCCAAGAGGUUUUGAUGCAGAUGUGCAGGCUGCUCAGCGACGAGGCCCCCUCAGUCCGGCGAGAGGCAGUGGUGGCCAUGCAGCGCGCCUGCCAGGCGCCGUUGCCUGAGAAAUGGCGAGACUUUCUGCUGAGCAGCAGCCCACAGCACUUGCCGAGCCUCCUGGACGCCGAGGACACCUUGCUGCGCGGCGCCAGCUUCGACCUCCUGAGCCGCGUGUGUCAGCUUGCCAACGAGCAGGCCGGCAAUGGAGAUGCAGAUGCGGUGCAAGGUGUUCGCGACCGGGAGGCAGUCGAAGCUGCGUUCUUCGAGAGCCUGCAGAUGAUGGUCGUGCAAUGUACCAUUCGCCUGGAGGAUAGCAGCAGCGCAGUGGCAGCUGCGGCAAGCAGGUGCUUGCGGCACAUCACAGGCACGUACCUCUUCCAGGCGAAGACGCCCAGCAGCGCAGAGGAGGCGUGGGAGCUUCUGCAGCGCUGGGAGCAGGCGCAGAUGGACUUUGAGCAGUUCGUCUUCCCCUUUGUAGCCCUUCUGCACGUAGCCAACGAGAGCGAGCUGGCACUGAAGCGCCUACAGCUGUGCCAAAGAUACAUCAAGCUGGCGCCAGAGGGAUGCAUAGCUCCUGGAGCACCGCCGAGGACCGCGGCCGGCUUCAUGGGGGCGGCCUUGCUGCGGUGCUUGCAGGGCGAGAACUUCAGGCCUUCACAGGUCGUGUGCUCGCUGUGCAAGAACGUGCUGGAGCUGCUGACGCUGGAGGAGGCGGAGACUCGGACUCAGGCCGCACGCAUCCUGGGGCUGCUGGACUUGGCUACGUAGGCAGCGCUGUCCUUCGAGGCGGAGAGCUGACGGCUUUGCAGGAGUCGGAGUGAAACCUGGUGUCGGCCACGCAGCUCUUCGGAACCUCUUGGAUGUCCACGACGGUGAGCCAGAGAUCGCGGAGAUUGGACCGAUGGAGCACGCGAAGAGUCGAAGGGAUACGGCGCGACAAAAGCC